GUUACAUUCAGGUGCACAAUGCAGUGUUGUUAUAAAUCAGUUGUACGAAAUGUUUAGCUUCGUCUCUGAACAGUUUUGUUCGUAUGUGUGUUGAAUGUAGCCCGAGAGUUUCCGUCCCUUCUCUCGUGCUAAUCCCGACAACCUUGGAUUUGUGAACGUAUAUACAAGACUAGUUUAAAUAACUUAACCGUGUCUUAAUUAGAUAGCUUUAAAAUCUUGUCAAACACGAACCUGUAAUCGGUGAAUUUCAAUCCGUCUCGAUUUGAUUCAGCAUGGCCAAAUGACUCCUCCAGUCCAGUCUCAGUAAAAUGCCCAUGCCAAACGUCACGUGCCUCACAUCAGUGAGGCUGCUUAGCUCCAUCUUCCGGCAUCACCAGCUGCUGCUUCCUUCCGUCGCUUCUGUCAAAGUGCCCAAAAGAACUGUAUUUCAGGGUGAAUACAGGAGGCCGGGACGCCCCAAAGAAGACAAGUUUCCAUGGCAGAAGAUUAACUUCAACUUCUCAAAGGGUUUGCAGGGGAUUAAGAAGCAUUUCACACUGCUAAAAAAAGAGUUUUUUGAGCGCUGGGUUGGUCCACAGGGAAAGCCCCUCCUUGAGCAUAUACUGGAGCAGAACAGGGUGAUAUGGGAGUUCAGAGGUCCAGAGAGCUUGGAGGGGUGGACGGUGUCCUCGGACCGAGAGAUAGGGGGCCAGAGUGAAGUUUACCUGAAGCUCGGUAGGAACAACAAUACCUGCUUAUUGUAUGGGACUAUGAGCUCAACUCCUCCGAGGGACGGAGAAACACGUUAUAGUGGCUACUGCACAAUGCGCUCGAAACAAUCACUGGCUUCGUUCGAUAGGAAAAAGCACUUUGACUGGUCCAGUUUCAACACUCUACAUCUGCGUGUGCGCGGCGACGGCCGUCCUUGGAUGGUCAACAUUGCAGCAGAAUCAUACUUCUCCCACCAGAAAGACGACAUUUACAGUUACUUCCUGUAUACAAGAGGAGGGCCCUACUGGCAAGAUGUCAAGAUACCUUUCUCUAAGUUCUUCCUCACACAUCGAGGAAGAAUACAAGAUAGUCAGCAUGCUUUGUGGCUGGACAAGAUUAAUACCAUUGGGUUUACCUUGGGAGACAAAGCAGACGGUCCAUUCCAGCUAGAGAUUGAUUACAUUGGUGUCUGCAAGGAUUAUGCGCACACAGAAGAGUUUGCCUAUGAGUUAUACAAGAGGAAUCCAGAAGUUUGACAUCAAUCAUUACACUCCAACUGUACAAUUCUAAAAAAUGCCUUCCCAAUGUCACCCCAUCCAUCAAUUACAAAGCUCCUUGUAAGACACCAAGUCUAUCAUUCUACCUGUACCAUUAAAAAAAAAAACGUUCCAAGUGAA